ACCAGCUCCAGCCAUUGUCCAGGUGACAAUGUGUUCACUUUGAGUCGAAUGUGACAAAUUUAAACGCAUCCCUGCAGCGCAUAAUGAGCACCUCCGGGUCCGAGAGGAAAAGAAAAGUGUCCGAACAUUCCACUUCGGCCAGUUCAGUGGACAGCGACCUGGACGCCUGCUCGCAAAGCUGCCAGGCGAAGAAACUCGCUCUGUCCCGCCCCAAUAAGCUCUUAUCAGCAGCAGCUGGCCCAGUUCAGCAGGAGGAACUUUCGAGCGACUCAGAAAAUGAAGAAAUCGAACAGUGUCCGAUCUGCCUCAAAGCCCUCACCAAUCAAACUCUGAGCAUUACGGAGCGCUGCAACCACCACGCGUUCUGCCUGAGCUGUUUGCAGGAAUGGUCCAAAACCAAACGGACCUGCCCAGUCGAUAGGAAGCAGUACCAGUGGAUUUUGGUGCUGGAUGACCAAGGAUACGUGAUCAAUCAGCUGCCUGUUGUUCCAGUGCUGAACAACUUUGUUGCCAGGAACUGGCCGACCGAGCCACUAUGCUGCGAAUUGUGCGAGUUCAACACUCCAGAAGAGAUGCUGAUUUGCGAUCGUUGCGCCACGGUGUUCCAUAGGUACUGCCGCAUGCCUACUAUGGAACCUGACACCACGCCACCUGGAGUAUGGCUGUGUAACGAUUGUUGGUUCUAUUAUCACGGCUAAAUUUGUGCGGUUCGCAAUAAAAUUCUUUUCCGUG